AGAGACGAGGCGGUGGCUUCCGGGAUGUGGCGCGGUCUUUGCGUCUGGCUCCUGCCAGGCCUUGGGUUGGGGGAUUCAUCUCUCUGCUUAGUCGGUUCUGGGAGUCCUCAGUGAUUUGGCCACAGCCUCAGCCUCCGUUGCUCUGUGACCUGCGGGUAUUGGAUGAUUCCUAGCUAAGACUCCCGGAUACCCCUGAAGUGGGGAAAUGGAACUCUUAACAUUCAGGGAUGUGGCCAUAGAAUUCUCUCCAGAAGAGUGGAAAUGCCUGGACCCUGCCCAGCAGAAUUUGUAUAGAGAUGUGAUGUUGGAGAACUACAGGAACCUGGUCUCCCUGGGUGUUGCUAUCUCUAACCCAGACCUGGUCACCUGCCUGGAACAAAGAAAAGAGCCCUACAAUGUGAAGAUACGUAAGAUCGUAGCCAGACCCCCAGCUGUGUGUUCUCAUUUCACCCAAGACCGUUGGCCAGUGCAGGGCAUAGAAGAUUCAUUCCACAGUCUUAUACUGAGAAGAUAUGAGAAAUGUAGACAUGAGAAUUUACAAUUAAGAAAAGGCUGUAAAAGUUUGAAUGACUGUAAGUUGCAGAAAGGAGGUUACAAUGAAUUUAAUGAAUGCUUGUCAACUACCCAGAACAAAAUAUUUCAGUGUAAAGCAAACAUCAAAGUUGUUAGUAAAUUUUCAAAAUCAAACAAACGUAAGACAAGACAUACUGGAGAGAAACAAUUUAAAUGUAAAGAAUGUGGCAAAUCUUUUCCUAAGUUUUCACACCUAACUCAACAUAAGGUAAUUCAUGCUGGAGAGAAACCCUACACAUGUGAAGAAUGUGGCAAAGCCUUUAAAUGGUCUUUAAUAUUUAAUGAACAUAAGAGAAUUCAUACUGGAGAGAAACCUUUUACUUGUGAAGAAUGUGGCAGCAUCUUUACCACAUCCUCACACUUUGCUAAGCAUAAAAUAAUUCAUACUGGAGAAAAACCCUAUAAAUGUGAAGAAUGUGGCAAAGCCUUUAAUAGGUUCACAACCCUUACUAAACAUAAGAGAGUUCAUGCUGGAGAGAAACCCAUCACGUGUGAAGAAUGCAGGAAAAUCUUUACCUCAUCUUCAAACUUUGCCAAACAUAAGAGAAUUCAUACUGGAGAGAAACCCUACAAAUGUGAAGAAUGUGGCAAAGCCUUUAAUAGGUCCACAACCCUUACUAAACAUAAGAGAAUUCAUACUGGAGAGAAACCCUACACAUGUGAAGAAUGUGGCAAAUCCUUUAGACAGUCCUCAAAACUGAAUGAACAUAAGAAAGUUCAUACUGGAGAGAAGCCCUACAAAUGUGAUGAAUGUGGCAAAGCCUUUGGACGGUCCAGGGUCCUGAAUGAACAUAAAAAAAUUCAUACUGGAGAGAAACCCUACAAAUGUGAAGAAUGUGGCAAAGCCUUUAGACGGUCCACAGAUCGGAGUCAACAUAAGAAAAUUCAUAGCACAGCUAAACCCUACAAAUGCAAGGAAUGUGACAAAGCCUUUAAACAGUUCUCACUCCUGAGUCAACAUAAGAAAAUUCAUACUGUAGAUAAACCCUACAAAUGUAAAGAUUGUGACAAAGCCUUUAAACGGUUCUCACACCUGAAUAAACAUAAGAAAAUUCAUACCUGAGAGAAAUCCUACCCAUGUGACAAACUUUUGGAUGGUCCACAAACCUGAAUGAACAUGAGAAAAUUUAUACUGGAGAGAAACCCUGGAAAUGUGAAGAACAUGGCAAAGUUCUUUACCUCAUUCUCAAAACUUGCUAAACAUAAGAGAAUUCAUACCAGAGAGAAACUGUACAAAUGUGAAGAAUGUGGCAAAGCCUGUGGAUGGUCCACAAACCUGAAUUGAGCAGAAGAAAAUUAUUACUGGAGAUAAACCCUGCAAAUGUAAAGAAUGUGACAAAACCUUUAAACAGUCCUCACUGGUGAAUAAAUAUAAGAAAAAUCAUGCUGGAGGGAAGCUCUACACAUGUGGCAGAAUGUGGCAAAGCAUUUAAUUGGUCCUCAACGCUUAAUAAAUAUAAGAUAAUUCAUACUGGAGAUGAACUUCACAUGUGAACAGUGUGAUAAAGCCUUUAAAUGGUCCUCAAUCCUUAAUGAACAUAAGCAAAUUCAUGCUGGAGCAAAAUGCUUGACAUGUGAAGAAUGUUGCACAGUCUUUACCACAUCCUCAAACUUUGUUAAACAUAAGAGAAUUUAUACCAGAGUGAAAUCCUACACAUGUAAAGAAUGUGGCAAAGCCUUUGAUAGGUUCUCAACCCUUACUGUACACCAGAGAAUUCAUUCUGGGGAAAACAUGCUAUAAAUGUGAAGAAUGUGGCAGAGCCUUCAGACCAUCCACAAACCUUUAUGAAAAUUCACAUUUGAGCAUAGAAGAUUCAUUCCACAAACUUAUCUUGAGAAGAUAUGAAAGAUGAAUAUAAGAAAAUUCAUACUAGAUAUAAAACCAUAGAAAUGUAAAUGAUGUGGCAAAACCUUUAAUCCAUACUCCAGGCUUCUUAAACAUAUGAGAACUCAUACUGGAGGAAAGUCUUACAAAUGUGAAGAAUGUGGCAGUCUUUAAAUCUUCCUCAAGUCUUUUCUAAUCAUAAGAUAAUUCACACUGGAGAGAAAAUGCAAACAUGAAAAGUGUGACAAAGCUUGUAACCACACCUCUAUUCUAAAUAUAAGAGAAAUGAUACUGGUGAGAAGCCAUAAAAGUAUGAAAAAUGUUGCAAAGCCUUCAAAUGCUUGUCAUAUCUUACUGUAUAUAUAUAAUUCCUAUUGAAUAAAUCCCCUGGAAAUACAAAAAAUGUGGCAAAACUUUUACCAAUGCUCAUCUUUUUGCACAUGAUAGCCUUUACACUCAAGAAAAGUUGUAGAAAUAUAAAAUAUAUAGAAAAGUUAUAUCUACUCACAUUUUACUAACUAGCAAAGUUCGUACAUAUUAAAAACAUUAUAAAUGUAAUUUCUGUUGAAAGACCUUUCAGAAAAUUAUAGGCCUUAAAAGUGAAGAAGAGUAUUCUUAAGACAAGCAAUACAAACAUAAAGAGGGUUGUAGUACCUGUACUUCUAUCAUGGAUUUUGUUAUACACAUUUUGUAAUAGGGGAAAACCCUGAAGGAGACUUUCUUCAAUAUCAGAAAAUUUAUAUUUGCGAGAAAUCCUACAAAUGUAGUAAAUGUGGAAAAACAUUUGUUCAAAAACUGCAGCUGAAAAAACACCAGAGAGUUUCUGCUAGAAUAUAAUUUGUAGAUGCAGUAAAUGUGAAGAAAUAUUUAAUCUAAAAUUAAGACUGUAAACAUCAGAGGAUUUACAGUAGAAAGAACUAAGGAACUAACACUUUGGACACUGCAGUAAAUCAGAGUAUUAAAUAUAAAAAAUAAUGCAAAGUUGAACCUGUUAGAGAAUUUCUUUGUAUAUAAGUUGAAAAGAUUUUUGAAGAGAUACUACAUUUAAAGUAUAUUUUUUCACUUGAAAAAAGUAUAGAUUUUUUGAAAAGCAUAUAAUAGUUAAUUCAACUCAAAUUAUUUCAUACUAUUUCAACACAUUCCUGUUUAUAUGAAAGUGUGUGAUGAAUCAUUGCUGCGUCAGAGAUAAGAGAGAUUCUCUUUCAUUCAGUGGGCAUUAUUCAUGAAUUUUUACAAGAAAGGGUAAGAACAUAAAUGAAAGAUCCAUGAUGAAAAUCUAAGCAGAGAGGCUUUUUUGUAGUUGACAAUAUUGAGUGAUGCAUGAGGUAGGUGUUCAGAGUAAUAUUCUUCUGCAUUAUAGUGAGAGAAAAACAAUCUGUAUUUUACUAGUAAAUUGUUUUACCAAUUAUACAUUUAUGUAAUAAAAUACAGUACAUUUUAAAAUUAUUUUAAGAUUAUGUGGGAACAAUUUUUUAACUAAAGAAAAUUGUUAACGUUUUGAAAUGUUGCUUGAAUGAAGUGUCAUUAUGCCACCAACUUAACACCUAUCCCACCUUACUCAAGGGUGUAGGUAAAAGAUGGUAACAAUGGUAACAUAGUUGAAUGACAUUUUUAGUAUUCUCUUUUUCCAGUGGCUUUAAAUAGCAAAUAUAUUGAAGAAUAUCUUUCCCA